AUGGUCUACUGCGGUAAGCCCAGCAAAGCGUGCUCGGAGUGUCGAAUCAAGAGGAGAAAGUGCGACUUGUCAAGACCAGCUUGUCGUCAAUGCCGCAGGGCCGGUUCCAGGUGUGACGGAUAUCGAGUGGAGGAGUCUGUUACCUUUCGAGAUCAAACUACUGAGACUCUGGGAAAGCUAUCAUUCGUUUCUAAUGCGAGUUUACCCAAUAGCAACCAGGAUGCCUUGAUAAGACCUAAACUAUACCAACAGACCACAGUCCACCCAUCCCAAGAUCAGCCCAGCCAUUACCCUUGGCUCAGACUUGCAGCUACGCUGGAAGACCAAGCUCUAAAUUUCUUCUUUCAUCACUAUGUCGUACCUGAGUCUGGCCGGUCCCCUACUCAUCCCGACUGUCAUGGCAUCAUUUACAAACGUGCAACAGAACCUGGAUACUUGGCUAACCUCAUCAAUGCUAUCGGACUGGCUGGUCUAGCGUACUCAAAGAACGCGCCCACACUUGUUAAUUCGGCCAGACAAGCAUUUUCUAGUGCGCUUCACGGUAUAUGUGCGGCGCUCGUGGACCAUAUUGAAGCAGCAUCCGAUCAGAUGUUGGUAGCUGUAAUGCUUCUUGCGUUAUUCGAAACUGUUACUCUUCAUCCUACUGCAGACUUGAGUCCGUGGAGUCGACAUGCAGAUGGUGCUUUGGCAUUGAUACAGGUCCGAGGAGCAGGCCAGCUACGCAACAGGAUCGGCCGGAGCAUCUUUCUCCACCUACGCACCGAAAUACUUAUUGAUUGUCUCCAGCGCGGGCUACCGGUACCAAAAGCCCUCAUGGACUUUAUGGCUGAGGCUCGCAGGAAUGAAACGGAACAAGCGCCUGCUGCUCUGCUAGCACACAUUCUUGUCAACAUUUGCUCUGCUAUACCCUUGACUGAGGAAUACGUCACGGACGAAAGGACUCUGUCUUCCCGUGUUUCAAGACUAUUGUCUAUCGAUGCAGAUCUCAAGGACUGGGCCCAAAUGCUCCCAGCUGAGUAUGAGUACGAGACCCGAACCAAACCAAGCGAUCUUGGUGGAGCAGAAGUGUUUAUGGGACGCCAUGAUGUAUAUUGUAGCGCUGAAAUCGCCAACGUAUGGAACCUACAGCGCUGUGCGCGAAUUGUUCUCCACCAGGCAAUCGUUGAAGCAAUAUCGAAUUGCUUGCCCAUCUCUUUUUCGCUGUUGAUCCUAUCGUCUUUUACAGACCAGCUCUCCAGUUCAGAAACUACCAUACAUGAGAGUUCUAAAGACAUAUGCUGCAGCGUCCCAUAUAUCUUGCAUAGUGUUGACGAGACGGGCAAGUCGCGUGACCUGCGGGCGGCUCAUGCCGUGCAUCUACUGUGGCCACUUUAUGUCGCAGGAACAACACAUACAGCUACCGAUACUCUACGGGAUUGUGUCAUAGCAGCGAUGGAAAAUAUUAAGGAGGUCACUGGAAUUCAAAAGGCAAAGCGCAUAGCGUUGACUUUACAGCGGCGAUGCUUCGAGAUGGCAGUAUCUACUGGUGGAUAUUUAGAUGCUUAG